AUGUUUACGUCGAAAACAAAAGGAAAAAUUCGUGUUUACUCGCAAUUUGUUUUUUACCUAGGAGUAACUGAAAUCAAUACCAAAUUGGUUCAAGAAAUUCGCUGUUCGAGAGUAUAUGACAUUGAAGCUCAAGGACAAGGGCGGGGCGGGGACGAGCACGGCAAGAACGAGCCACAAAGUAGGUCUGCAUUGCUCGGUAAAGCAGAUGGCUCGACGAAGUCCCAUGAUAUGUUUGUGAUUUCUUUGUAUCAACUCAUUGUGAUUUUUAACGAUGUCUCAAUUUCAAUUUUCCAUUACGUAUACAAAUCGUAAAUAAUUUUUCGUAGAUUUGUCACACGACGACCGGUCACGACCAGGGGUUGAGAAUGGGGGCGCCACAGCAUGCGAAAAUUCGCCCGGUAUUCUCCGGCGAAGAACGGAGUUACCUCCGCGAUUAAUCCCGACGGGGAGUAGAUCCAUAUCCGCCCACUGCCACUGAAUAGAUGGCGAGUUUGCUGAUUAUGUACAAUGGCUAUUCAAAAUUGAAACAAUCACGAGGAGGACACACAUACUUUUACUUCUUGCAUUUGCUGUUGCAAGAAGAGCAAGCCUGGGCCUGAUGGUCAUUCACUUGUUAAGUACUUUGACUUGUUUCGCAGCCGUGACAUAGGAAGGCGUAAUCGGCG